CCCUGUUCUGGUUUUUACAGCAGCUUUCAGUCCCACUGAGUCAGUGUUGGUCAAAGAGUGAACUCAGGAACAUGGCUUCAUCCUCUGUCAGCUUCUGGAUGCUCCUCAUCACCGUCUGCAGCACAGAUGGUUUCAUGCAAUAUUUGAUCGAUCUUUGUCAGUUUAACUCCACUGAGCUGAAGGACAUCGAGUACAGCAGGUCUGUUUACUACAACCAAGUGGAGUACGCUCGGUUCACCAGCAGUUUGGGGAAGUUUGUUGGAUACACGAAGUAUGGAAUUCAUAAUGCAGAAUACUGGAACAAUGAUACUGCAUAUAUAAACCAGCUGAGAGCUCAGAAGGAGACGGUCUGCCAACACAACAUCCCAAUCUGGUACAGCAACGUUCUGUCUAAAUCAGCUGAACCCUACGUUCUUCUGUACUCCACAACGCCCCCCUCUGGUCGUCAUCCAUCCAUGCUGGUCUGCAGCGUCUACGACUUCUACCCCAAAACCAUCAAAGUGAGCUGGUUCAGAGACGGGAAGGAGGUCACCUCAGACGUUACCUCCACAGAGGAGAUGGAGAACGGGGACUGGUACUACCAGAUCCACUCACACCUGGAGUACACACCCAGGUCUGGAGAGAAGAUCUCCUGUGUGGUGGAACACGCCAGCCUGAAAGAACCUCUGAGAACCGACUGGGAUCCGUCCAUGCCUGAGUCUGAGAGGAACAAGAUCGCUAUCGGAGCCUCAGGAUUGGUUCUGGGUCUGGUCUUAUCUCUGGCUGGAUUCAUCUACUACAAGAGGAAGGCCCGAGGACGUACUCUGGUUCCAACCACUAACUGAGGACGGAUCCUGGUCCUGGUCCUGGUCCUGGUUCUGAUUCUGUUUGACAGAUGGGAUAUUAAUGAGUUUCUGCUUCAACCUGAUUUCUGUUUUCAGCUCAACAGACGAUGAUUAGAUUAGAUAGAGAUUUUAUUAAUCAUUUCCAGUAGAAUCCACACAGAAAGAUUAAGAGAGGGUCUAGACUGUUCUAGACCUGAUCCAGGACUGGACCCCAGAUCAUCAGCUGGACCUGGUCCUGCUGCUUUGGUCUUGGACCAGGGUUCUGGUCCUAGUUCUACUGGUCCUGGUUCUGGUCCUGGUUCUGCUGGUCCUGGUCCUGGUUCUGGUCCUGGUUCUGCUGCUUCUUGUAUCUGCUUCUAAAUCAUGUAAUCAGGACUUUGAUUCUGCUGCAGCUCGUCUGAUUCACAUUCUACAUUUUUACUGGAUGUUUAAUAAACCAUCACCAACUCUGA